AUGGCUGCUGCAAAGUGCAUCUGCGAGAACAACACCCCUCCAGUGGCCGAGCAAAAACUUGAGAAGGCACUUACAACGUCUGCGGUUCUUUGCAACGAGUCGAUUGAGGUGCGGGCGAUCCUGCACACAGUGGUCAAGCAUGCAGUGGCGCGGUGGCAGCAAUGCGAGGAGCCUCCUGCGCCGCGGGAUGGGUUGAACACGGGAGCAGGGACCCAAAAUACAGGAGGGGGUGCAGAUGCUCCAGGCGGGCAUACGGCAGAAGCAGGUGCGGGAACGGGUGGUGGGGGAGCAAGCAGAACUGGGGGUGCGGACGAGGACAACGGGCUGCUUGCAG